UGUACAGGAAAAAAGAGAAAACACCACUGAAAUAAGAUCUAAUAUGCAUUUCCUUUCGAAUUUUGUGCAUCGAAAAUGAAAGCAGAAAAAAAAUCGAAAUCUUUCGUUGCAUGUUUUAAGUUCUUGAGUGAUAAAGUAUUAAAGCGAACAUUUUCUUAAAUCGAUAUUCAAAUUGGGACACAUAAAAUUUGUUCCAUUACGUAUAAAGGGUGUUUCAAUAUGGAUGUCUGAACUUUCUAUUUUUCCAAUAGGGACCAGGGGCAUCCAAGCGUUCAAAAUAUUUGACAAAUGUGUUCAGUAAGGUCCAACAAAUUAACCAUGCAGCGCUGUUUGAAGCGUCGACAAUUUGCGGAUUGGACCCUAGAUCAACUGAAAGCGGAUCCUGAUUUUGGCUCGAAAAUCAUCUUCAGCGACGAGGCGCAUUGUGUUAACAAGCAGAAUUGUCGCAUUUGGGACGCGGAAAAUCCUCGGCACAUUCAAGAGGUUGAAAUGAAACCGCUAAAGUGCACUGUUUGGUGUGCUUUUUGGCCGAGAGGUGUCAUUGGCCCGUACUUUUUUGAGAACGAAGAUGGACAGCGAGUUAAUGUCAAUGCCGAGCGAUAUCAACACAUGAUUCGUGAAUAUUUCUGGCCGAGAUUGCGUCGGGUGAGAACCAGUGGGCUCCUAUUCCAACAAGACGGCGCCUCAUCACACACAAGUCCACCAACAAUCCAGGUUUUGAACGAAAAGUUUGACAAACGCGUAAUAUCGAAAAAUGGAAAAGUUUAUGCAAAUAAUCCGUCGACGAUUGAGGAUUUAAAGGCCAACAUUCGUCACGAAAUCACCAGUGUUCCAGUCGAAAUGUGCCAAAAUGUCAUCAAAAAUUGGGCCGAUCGGAUGGUGUCACUAAAACCCAGCCGGGGCGGUCAUUUGGAUGAUAUCAUUUUCCAUUAUUAAUGUUAUGAAUAGGGCUACAAAUUACAUUAAACA